AUGAUUUCACGACGAAAAAUUAUAUCAAAAUCAGAAGAUUCUUCCUCGAAUUCUUCAUCAUCAUCUGCAUCAUCAUCAUCUGAUAAUCUUUAUAAACAUCCAGAUGUUCUUGAUCAAUAUCUUGUGAAUAAAAAUGUUGAAGAAGAUCCCUAUGUUGGUGAUGUUGAUGAUGAAGAUGGCGAUGAUAUUGACCAUAAUAAUAUUCAUGAUGAUGAUGAUGAUGACGACGAAAAUAUCUGGCACGAUUUUCAUCAAUUAAUCAAUGAUCAAUUGCAAGAAAUCCGUAAUAAAUGGAAUCAAAUCGAUGAUGAAAUAUGGGCUAAAAUUAUCUGUUUCGAACGAAAUCGCCGUGUAGCCAAAGCAUAUGCUCGGUCACAAGUCAUAUCGAUUACUGGUUCCGAUCGUGGAUUCGACGGUUAUCGUAUUGGUUUGAAUGGUUUUCCCAAUCCUAAACGUGAUUUUGAAGUACAAAUGAUUAAACAACAGAUUCGUUCGGGAUUCAAAUUAAAAAUUGACGAUCUAGGUAAUGUUCAUAUAAAACGCAUUGGUCGAUGUCCUGUGUUUCUUGGUCCUGGUAUUCCGGUUGGAAAUUCGGAUUAUUAUUAUUCCCAGCAGCAGCAGCUUCAACAGCGACAACAUGAACAGAGCAUGAUUGCGUUGGAAAUGAAUAAACCACGAAUGAUAUUUGAUUUUAAAAAAUUCCAACAAUCUAUGAUUUCGAUAUUGUCUCAACAACAACAAACGCCAUUAAAGAAUUCUGGACAACGAAUGAAUCCGUUUCACAACUUAUCGUCAUCAUCAUCAUUAGAGAAUCAAUGUGUGCAUCACAUACAAUUAAUGGCUGAUAAUGAAGAACAUCAUCAAUAUCUUCGACAUCCAUGCUGGAUAUUAUUGAUCAACAUUGUUGCGUUGGAUUUAUUUUGGUCAAAAUUCAAACUUAAUGGUGCAUUCAAUCCAGUUAUUAGUCGUAAAUUAUUCACAUCAGAGUUAGCAACCGAUCAUCAUUGUAGGGUACCAUUAAAGGCUAAAAAUCCGUUAUAUGAUCCAUGCGAGGAUGAUUAUUUUGAAAAUAAUAAUAGCCAUAGAGACCAUUGUUCGAAUCAUUGUUUAAAUCUACGUGAGAAAGUUUCUGAUGACCUAUACUAUUGUGGUUAUGCUGCCAAAAUAUCAAAUUCAUCAAAUCAUCGACAAUCAUCGUCAACCACUAUUGCCAAACAUUUAUUAUCUUCAAUACCCAUACAUUCAUCAUCAAAUAUUAGCCCGAUAAAGAAUGGUAGUUUAGAAAAUAAAAAGCUAUCAGCUUCAGCAACGGCUAUAACGACAAUGCCCAUAAAAACUAAAUCCCGUUACAUACCUCUACGGCCGAAUCCAAUGAAGCAGUUGCCAACAUUCAAUCGAAUUGGAUUGGAACAAAGUAAACGAUUAUUUUUUUCCUCACAUCAAUUAUCCAAUGGUCAAAUAAAUGAACAUCAAGACUUAGCUGUCAAGCAUUCAGAUGAUAAAAUUAAACAUGUCACAUCGUUGAAAAAAUAUUCAUCAUCAAAUCGUUCGAAUUCAAAAUAUUCAUCAUCAUCAUCGACAUCAUCGUCUUCCACAACAUCAUACAGUCCUCAUCAUCAACGAUUUAACCACAAUCAUAACCGCCAUCACCACCAGAAUCGUUUUUGUACAUCAUCCAAACUACAUUAUCGAAUGAAGCAAACAUAUCGUUCUACAUGUGACCUGUUAUCCAAUUGAACUUGUAAUAGAAUUUUCAAAUGUAAACUAUGAUCAAAUUCAUUCAUUAACAUAAAAAUCAUCUGUAUUAACAACUUACACUUGCAUGCACACAAAUCCAUCGAUCCGAUCGCAAUGUCCAUUCAAAAUGGAUUUAUUCGGUUUUUGUUAAACACAAAAUAAAGAGAAAUCAAAAUUGCUCAUGAAAAGAUAAUGAAUGUGUGUGUGUGUGUGAUUUUUUCCAUUUUUAAUUUUGUUGUUUGUCUACACAAAACAAA